AUGUUGCGUCGGCUCCUCCAACCAGCGUACAAUGUGGCGUUGUCGGGUACAUCAGCUUCAACUCUACCACGUAAAAGCGCUUCUGUCGGACUCGUUCGCACCGCACUGAUGCCUGUUGACUACAACGCCGGUGCACUAUUUUGUGCCAUGCGCUUCACCAGUGGAACGGAGAAGGAGCGCAAGCGUGAGCCCAAGAGGGGCUCAAAGCGACGUUCCAAAGCAACGACGACCCUCUCAACACCCACAGACGCGCAAACUUCAGUGACGGGGGCGCGGGAAGGCGUUGCACUGCCUCAGGAAAACAUGCCAGACGCCAUCCAACCCCCUGCCACUCUGGAGGUGCGCGCCGCUGAAGUUAAGGAGGAGCCCCUGGCAGCCACACCACCACAAAUUCAGCCACAAGAGGAAACGAUGGGGCCAAUAGACGGUGAGCCUCAACUACCCCUUCAUUCGACGUUGGUGUACAACGCACUGACUGGCCGUAUGACAUCGGAGACAUCACCAUCCUUCUUAUGCUUGAAGAGCAUAGGGUUUGGUGUCAACAACAAACGGCAGCUGUACGUUGAGAAGCCCGAUGUCCUCCGGGACCUCGCGCAGAGAAUGAGGAAGGGUACGGCGACGCUCCCCUCCAACUGGCCCGUAACAAUUAUCCGUGCCCUCGGGGUGAUCCUACGCAACCGCAGAGUUGAAGAUCCAGCCGAAGCGAUUCAGCAGAUGAUGCAGGUGAAGAUUAACAACCUAACGCACAGCCGUUACGCCGCCGUUGUCAAUGCUGUGGGCGAUACGGACCUGCAGAAUAUCCUAGACGGUGGCUUGGCCGAUGAGUUUGUUGCGGUUGAUCUUAACGAGGAGCAGGAGAAGGUCAUUAACCUGGCCCUGAAAGGCCACUUGAUGUACAUUGGUGGCAGUGCUGGUACAGGAAAGACGGUUUUGCUACGCGCCUUGUGUAGACGGAUGCAAGCGGAGGGAUUGCGCGUUGCAAUGACGGCCACCACAGGUGUUGCUGGUUGCCACAUUGGAGGUUCAACCUUCCACCACGCCAUGGGAGUUUCCGCCCAGGGUGACUUCGUGCGAAAGAACCACCUAUUGAGCUACGACGCUAUCAUCAUUGAUGAAGUGUCUAUGUUGCCUAAGAAAAUGUUUGAGGAGUUCGAUAGGGUUCUCCGUGAGGAAGCUGGUGCGCCGGACGUGCCCUUUGGCGGGGUGCAAAUCAUCCUCUGUGGUGAUUUCCUGCAGCUAGGUGUGAUCAAUGAGCCCCCGAUAAUCCAUUCCACUACUUUCCGGGAGAAAUUCGUGAAGAUCCGCCUGGAAACUCAGGUUCGCCAAGCCAAGAGCAGUCUUUUUGCAGAUGCGUUGCAACAAAUGCGUGUAGGACUUGUGCCGGAAAGUUUGACAGCGUCUGUUGAACAGCUUCCACCGGGAACUAUGGUACCGGCAGCCGUGAACCUUCUUCCAACCAACAAGGAAGUAAACACAGCGAAUGAAGAAGAACUGAAACGCCUUCCCGGAGAUGCUGUCACCCUUACGCCGGAGACGGGUAUAACAGCUCUUAGGUGUGACACCACAGCAACACUCCUCAUGAGGACAACGAAGGAUUUCAAAGUGGAGGAGUUUACAAAGCACUUGCGUGGAUUGCUGCAAGCCACAGUUGACAUCCCUAGGGCAUCCAUGGUGUCUGCCUACCGUAUCUACGAAGAUGGUCAUGCCGUACGCGUUUACCUUCCGCAGAGCGAAAGUGUUGCUUGGCGUGACGCGAUACGCGAGCGUUUCCUAGAAGUUGCAGGCCUGAUCAAUGACUUAGACAUAGGAGCCACUGUGACGGAGAUUAUACCCAGCGGAGACGGUCUGCACACGCCAGAGCACGAGGAAUGUCUGCAGAGGCUUAUGGCAAAGCACCCCAUCGCGCAACCGCUUACGCUAAAGAAGGGGUGCCGCGUCCUUUUGCGUACCAACCUCACUUCACGUUUAGUCAACGGGAGUAUUGGUACAGUAGUGGACUUCGUGGAGUGUAGUAUGGAAAAUAUUCCUGUUGCCCUUCGUUGCGAACGUGUGAACCGCUGCGUCGAUAGGUAUCGUAUUUACUGCACGAUGGAAUGCGGCAUGCCCGUACCGCUUUUACCUGUAGUUAAGUUCCAUAGUGGUGAAACGAUUGUUGUCCCGCCGUGGGAAUUUUUGGUUGGUGGAAAUCCCAUUACCCAGUACUACAGUCUAAGCAGCGUAUCCCUGCCCCUUAGUUUAGCAUAUGCCUUCACCGUCCAUAAGGUGCAGGGACUAACGCUUGUUGGUCGUGUCCAUCUCGAACUGUCCCGCAUGUGGCCCUGUGAGCAUUUGUUAUACGUCGCCAUGAGUCGUGUACGCAACCCAGAGCAACUUAGUAUGUCUUCUUUUGACCCCAAGAUGGUGCUGGCAAAUGAGGCUUGUGUCAAGUUUGACCGUGAACUUAAUACCGUAGACAAUUUGCCAUCGUUAGCCGAGUACCCCGUGUCCUCAUGGAAGCGCUGUAAUGAUAUGGUUUAUCAUUUACGGCGUCAGGGGACUUCUUUAGACCGGUACUUGCAAAAUGGAGCAGCAAAAGAAGGUGGAAGUGUUCCCGUACAGCAGUUAGGUCUUUCGGGUCCUGUUAAAGGGUCGUUAGAACAUUCGAUGGUUGUGUCACGACGGUUGCGAAAGCUGAUCAAGCAGACUGAGCGCACCAUACGUAUGCACGAGCGCCGCCAAAAGAAAAUGGCGGUGGAGGGUGCAAAACAGACUGACACCACCAAGGCCUCCUCUGGUGAGUCGUUGGAAUAG